GGCCCGCGAACGGCGGACGUACGCGCGUUCCGAUUCCGACUGCGAACGCUCGAGAUCGCGCGCCCGAACUGUUACCGCGGACUCAGUGAUAGAACUAUUGUUUUUUAUUUGUGUUUUGUUUGUGUGUGUGGUUUUUUUUUACGGACGGAGACCAUGAGGAAAUAAUGCCAAAGAGCCUAUGUGAUUGGACAGACUGUGUUUAUUUCUAGUUCAGUUUAUUUUAUUUGCGUUUCACCGUUCGGUUUCGUAGCUGAUUUUUUCUCAUGUCAGUCACAGCGAAAGGAACAAUGAUAACGCACCUGAAGAAACAUGUCAUCUAAACGCAAAUCGCCGCCUUCUAAAUUGCAAGACGGAGCUGCCGACGAAAAACCAGAGGCUGGCCCAGCCGACUUCGACCACGAGUCCGACGACCCGGAGCAGCACUUCAAGCUGUCCCCCUGCUCCUCCACCAGGACCUCCAUCAGCGAAGAAGACCAGUUCGACGAGGAGCGACCGACGAAGAAGCAGCGGUUCGAAAAUCUAGACAUGACAAACAACCUUCUAGUCCCAUCGUCGUUCUUAGGGCUCCACCAAGUCAGCGAUCUGAACAGACGGCGGGGCUCCUCAGAAUGCAGCAGCCCAGGUGCUGAGGCCAAGGUGUUGGGACUCUGUAACAAUAAUAACUCGUUGUUGAACCACAACAGCGCUUUGUCGCUUGCGGCGCCGCACAAGCGGUCGAUGGAUGACGUGCUGAAGCGGCUGACUUCCAAAAUGAAUAACAGCACGAUCAAAGAAGAGAAGAGGCCUACGCCGUCGACGACGCCGGUUAAACAGAACAACGACCGGAGGGGCGUGCUCGACGCGGCGGCUCUGCAAGCGCUGGCUGGCGAGAGCGUGCUGGAGAAAGAGAGGCAGCUGUCCGAGAUGAUUCUUCAGCUUCAGAUGGUGAGAGAGCAGCUGUUGGCGCAGCAGGAGCAUGCUAAGAACAUCGGCAAUGUGACGGCCGAGCUGGAGAUACAGAGACUGCAGCAGGAGCAGCUUCGGAGGCAGGAGAUGGUUCGGCGCGGGCAGCAUGGAAUGUACCCGGGGCCGCCGCUCGCGCUGCUGCCUCUACUGGAGCAGAUGAGACCGCAGCCGCCGCCGGCGCCUCCAAACGUGGUGUCAUCUUCGCCCUGGCCAGCGACCGCCCAGCUGGCUCAGCUCACCGCCAACGCCCGCUCCCCGCCCCCCGACCCCGAUGCGCCGCUCAACCUCAGCAAGCAGCGCUCGCCGUCGCCCGCGCAUUCGUCCAUCAUGCUGCCGAGAUUCGUGCCCUACCCUCCCAUGGAGGAGAGCCCGCAGUAUAUGUCCAAAGAGGAGGAGUACAACCCUGGAGUUAAUGCAUCAUGGAACCAGUCUCCCCAAGAGGAAGUGGACAAGGCGAAGCUAGUCCGCCAGCCGCGUCGUGACGAGGCCGGCAAACCUCACAUCAAGCGGCCCAUGAACGCCUUCAUGGUCUGGGCCAAGGACGAACGCAGGAAAAUCCUGAAGGCCUGUCCUGAUAUGCACAACUCUAACAUCUCCAAGAUAUUGGGGGCCAGGUGGAAGGCCAUGUCGAAUGCGGAGAAGCAGCCGUAUUACGAGGAACAGUCGCGGCUGUCCAAACUUCACAUGGAGAAGCACCCUGACUAUAGGUACCGACCUCGGCCAAAGCGGACAUGCAUAGUAGACGGCAAGAAGAUGCGGAUAUCGGAAUACAAGAACCUAAUGCGCUCGCGGCGACAAGAGAUGCGGCAGCUGUGGUGCCGCGAUGGCGCUGGAGAGCUUGGCUUCCUCCCUUCGCUGUCCUCCCCUGGCCCAUCAAACUCCUCCCCCCCUCCCAACGGGGGGAACUACAUGAACCCCGGUUUCUCCCCCCCGCUAUCCCCUGGCGAGGAGGAUUGAGGGUCGGCGCGCGGCUGGCCCUACCCGCACGCCGCGCCUAUGCCCCUCCCCCCCUCUCACCACCCCUGGUAAGCUGAGACCUACCACGCUGACAGACGAAUCGGUUGUUUUUUUAAUUUUGUGGAGUGUGCCAGUUCGAAUUCCAACAGGUUUGGAUUGGAACAACCCCAAGUCACACUCUUUUGUCUUUUUGAAAACGGCGCCAAAAAUGAGAUGACAAUCUCCUUUUUGACGGUGGGUAGCUUAGAAGUUACACCGAUUUGUCGAGUGUUAUAUUAUGCAAAGACUUUAGCGUAAGUUACGGAUGUGGAAACUUGAAUCUCUAUAUUAUCUCAUUAAAUUCAUGUAAUCUUUUGUGAUUUUAGUAGACGCGAGAACUCGCUUUAGACCUAGCGAGUCAGUUUUAGCCAGUUAGAUUGGAUCUCUCGUUUUUCGUACAAUUGUAUUUUGAGAUUAUUCCAUUAGUGAAUUAAGAAAAUGGGACGUACACCCUGUGUUCAUUUUCUUUUUAAAUUUCGACAAUGAAAUGUUAUAUUUUUAUCACGAUUUUAAACGGGUGUACAUUCUGUAUCUUUGUUGUAAUGGAGCCCUAAAAAUCGGCUAAUAAUAUUAUUGUCAUUAAAUAGGCUUGCGGCACACAAUACCCCAUGAAAGUGCCAAACAUGUAUUAAACCACGUAGAUAAUUAGACAAAUGUAUAUAGUUGACUUUACUUCAUUAAGAACUAGGGCGACAUAUAAAUUGGAUGAUCGGAUUUUGUAAAUAAGUACAAUUCCUCUUGUAGAUAAAUAUUUAACGGUUAUAUCAAUGUUUGGCUAAAAUAAUGAAGUAAGUUAUAGUUGUAGCUUAAGUUAUUAACUAUGAAUCAAUAUUGUGUGGCCAUGUAAAAUAGUAGCUCGAGAUUAUGAACUAAUCGUUGUAAUAUUGUAGAUGCUCUAGAACUAAGCGAUGAAAAUGUAUCAAACCAAAAAUUUGAAGCGGAAGGCUUGAAAAUUUUAAGUGUUUUGAACACAAAACUGUUAAAAUCCAGUGAGAUCUAUUAAAGCAUAAUGAUUGUAAUAAAUAAAUAAAUAAAUACUCAUAGAAUAGAUCUGUUCGAAGUAAGUAGCUAUUACGACCUCGUGGUCGUGUAUCCUAAGAAAUUAAUACAUACCUAUAGUACAUAAUCACUCUCGAUUGUAAUGGACGGUUUUUGUAAAAAUGCUAGUUAUUGAAAAUACAAAAAAAUCACCUAAUGUGUAUGAAUAUGUAACCAGAACCAGAGGGUAGGUGGUCAAUUUAUACUGUGUCAAUUCUUUUCAUUGAUAUUUAGUAAAGACAAUUUUAUUGCUUUGACACAUGAACCCACCGAUUUUGUGGGUUGACCAUAUAGAACGACAAACAGACAGUAAAAUAAAAUAGAUUCUUCAAACAUACUUAGUUAUGCCCGUAUUAUGUAAUCGACACUUAAUUCACGAAUUAAAAGCUCCUAAGUAGGACAUAGGAGUUUUUACCUGGUCAAAUAUUUGAGAUCUGCCUAUUAUGAUCUUGAAUAUAUCUAUAAAUUUAGUUUUGAGUCUAGUUUUAGCGUCGUAUCAUAUAAUACAGGCCAUAAUUAGUUUGAAUCUUUACUUACAAUAAUAAACUGUCAUGUCUGUCGUUCUGUAUAAUAAUUUUAAAUUUAUUCAAGAUAUUCGCUUUAUCAAAUCGUGCAAUUUAUAUAGUAGAUUAUAGAAUUAAGCUGUAGCAUGUACAAGCAUAAUAUCUACUUAAUGAUAAUUGAAUAGCAACUUGUAUAGAUAUUUCUUGUAAAAUCAAAUUAGGUUGUUUCUCGAAGUCGUUGAUUGCCAUUUUUUAAAUUUUGUUAUUUAUUUUUCUAAUUAUAAAACUUGUUUUUUUUUGUUUCUUCUGUAUGUUAAGCUGUAUGCCAGUAAUACUGAAAUGUAGUGUUAAUAUAGUAUGCGUAAUAAUGUGUACGUGAAUAUCGUAAUAGGUAGUGUGUAUUAUUCUUAGUAAAUGUGUAAGUUUAGACAGUGCGGUUAAAUUAUUUAUUUUUAUGUUGAUUCCUGUAAAUAAGCGAUAUUUUGGUGUAAACGUUAGUUGCGGUUAUUUAAAGGUCGACACUUAGUUCUGUGUAGAUCUCGAUGUAACUUUUCCCUGUUUCUAUUUAUUUAAGAUUGAUUUCAAACGAACGACUUGCCAUACAUUGUACAAUGGUCUAAGUGUUACUUAGGCAGUUUUAACUUACGAAAUGUACUUAAACCCGAUGUUGUUAUUUUUUUAGUUUAAAUUCACAAAUCGGUUUGUUAUUUCCAGUACCAGUGUAACUUAGCAUUCGAAAUCUUUCAAAUGUGUAAGUAGGUAGGUUUAGGUUUUAUUACCUAGUGUAAACCAGGUCACAUCAUUUAAAAAUUGUGCCAAAACCCGAAAGUAUAUUAAAAAUACCUUAAAAAUA